AUGCAGUCACAACUUGCUCAUAAAAUUGGGAUAGACAAAGUUUCAUGUGGAUGUGUGAUUAAAAGUACAUAUGGUUUACCUUGUGCACAUGAAAUUGUAGAGUUCAUGGUACAAGGACGGCCAAUUCCUUUGUCAACUGUGCAUCCUCAUUGGACAAGGUUGCAGGUAGUGCAGUCAGCUUAUGAUGGUGUGUCAUCACAGGUAACGAUUGAGCCAGAAAUAGAGAGUAUAUAUAAAAUGUUUUAUUCAGAACCAGAGCCAAUGAAGCAAGUAUUAAAGCAAAAGUUGAGAGAAAUAGUUCAUCCAAACACAACUUCACUACAACCACCAACCAUGAAAGUUAGGACGAAGGGUAAGCCAACAUCGAAGAAGAAAAUUCAGAUUGAUACAUCCACCAAACGUGAUCCGUCCUUAUUUGAAAUAGUUCAAUCUAGUCAAGAUAGUAGAUCCCUAACAACAUGGAUAUCCAAGAGAAACACCAACCGACUCAAGGGGUAUGAUGAUUGUGUCCCACCACAAAUACAACCGUUCUUGCAUAGUAUUGUCAAUGUAGAAUCAGAUGGACAUUGUGGAUUUCGCGCGAGAGCAGGGUUACUUGGUAUAAGUGAGCACAAUUGGAGAGAUAUUCAUUUUAGUCUGAUAGGAGAGUUGCAAUUUUUCCGUGCGAUGUAUACGCAAUUAUAUGGAUCAGAAAUGCGUGUGGAUGAGUUACUACAUAUAUUGUAUUGGUUUGAUAACAUUACACCGUGCGAGCAUUGGAUGACUUUACCUGACAUGGGCCAUUUAGUUGCUUCAAAAUACAAUGUCGUAUUGGUGCAUUUGUCACGGAUCCAGUGUCUUACAUAUCUUCCACUCAGAUCAAUCCCUCCUCCAGUAGUACAGCACAGGAUGAUUACUAUAGGAUUUGUGAAUGAUUGUCAUUUUGUGCAGGUAUUCCUUAAGCCAAGGUCACCAAUUCCUCUCGUCGCACUGAAUUGGUACAGAUUUCGAUGUGAUAAUACACGUGAUUGGGAAACGCCAUACAUAUCCAGAAUUCAAGCAUUUUUGUCUCUAGUAGGUCAAGAUGUGGCAACACAGGAAGUUUUUGACUUAUCUGACACAUGA